GAUCCCCGUAUAAUUUCUGGAGGAAGCCGAAUUCAUGGCCGAGCUCAUUCAAAAGGCGCGUGACGGUACACUGGAAGAUGUGAGCGAUUCGGGGGCGGUUGUCUCCGUCAUAUCCCUCGAUGAUGUCCAGAAGGAAGAGUGUCUUGUCCUGGUGCCUGCAGAGGAGCACGCUUUGGCCCAGGACUCACCCGCGAGCAACUUUAUCACUGGUGCUAGUAUCGUUGAAAACAUUCGUGACUGUGCGGGACCGGCCAUCACAGUAACCGAACAUCUUGCCGAUACGCCGCCCGUGGCGCAACCCGAGACAGAGGACAAACUGCUCUUUCCUGAGGCUGAUCCAUCGCCACACGCAGAGAAGGAUGUUGUCAAUACUUCAUCUCGCUCAUCGAAAGCUUGGUUCCCUGCGAAGCUUGCUGGGCUUGUACGUCGUGUCAGCGCCCGGAUUACUGCGGUCUCAACAAGCAUUCUCCGGGCGGUUCGUCUCCGCAAAGUGCGUGAUGACGAGCAUUGAUGCUAUUCUCGUACUGGGUAUGGUGCCGUGGAUGCCUACUCAGAAUAUAUACCAAUUGGAGUACAGCCUGAGCCCACAACGACGUAUUUGUUUUGUUAUUCCAGUUUCAGAUCCGCUUGAGGAAUGUAUCCGUUCACAAAAGAGAGCAUUCCUACUCUGUUUUGAAAUUGCUAUCGACCAGCUAUAUUACAUUUGCUUUCGCCUCGCUGUUUGAAUGUUGAUGUCCUUUACUAGUACGCAAAUAUUCAUGUAAUGGCAUGAUGCCCAAUAG